CGGCAGCCCAACGAUUAAUCAUGCGGAGGCCGCUCGGCCGGAUGAAGCGCUCGUACUUGGGCGGCUUGCGCGUAAAGUUGGGGUCGACGAAGGUCACCUUGGUGGCCCAGCAGCUCUAGCCAACGUCAAAAGCGAUGGCGUCGCGCCUGGGCCGGCGGCGCGCGACCCAGUUCCAGUCGCGCUGGGUCGCCGAGUACCCGGCGCGGGCGCAGCGGCUCGCGGUCAUGGUGCAGCGCCUCGUCCGCGAGCCGCCGAGCGGUCGCGGCGCGGUGCGGACCUUGUUCGGGGGCUGGACCGUGGCGCUGCUCACGGAGGCGGACCUCGGCGUCCGGGGCAUCUUCAUGCGCCGGGCGCUGCGCCACUGGCGCGCCGCCGCCGCGGGGCUGCCCCCCGGCCUCUGGCAGCUCUGCGACGUCGCGCGGCUCCGCGCGGAGCUGGAGACGCGGACCGCGGCCCUCGAGCGCCAGGCGCGCUGCUACGAGCUCGACGUCGCCGCGGCGAAGGCGACGCUGCUCCUCGUGUCGCACCGCGUCCACGAGCCGCGGCUCAGGGCCGAGCUCGCGGAAAGGUGCGAGCGGCUCCCGUCGUUCGACCCGCGGCCCUUGCUCGGCGACGUCGCGGGCGCGGCGCGUCGCGAGGCCUUUUUGGCCUGCGCGCGCGCGGCCUGCGAGCGCCACGCGCGCACGGGCGGCGCGGCGACGUACCUCGAGGUCUCGCGCGACUGCGAGCUCGUCGCGCGGCCCUGCGCCGCGUGCCGCGGCGUGCUCACGGCGUCCUGGCGCCGGUCGAAGCACGUCGAGGACGCCCUGAUUUCCGAGGAGCGCCACAGGCACACGGAGGACGCCCUGUCGACGGCGCUCUAUCGGUUGGACGCGCUCCGCGACGAGGCGCGCGCGCUCUGGAAGCGGUGCGAGACCGCCGAGGACGCGCGCGCGCCGCUCGAGGCCCACGCGGCGAAGCGCAACGAGGAGGUCCGCACGCUCCGGCGCGACGCCUUCAAGGCCCAGGAGCGCUACCGCGCGCUCGCCGACGCCCACGACGACCUCAAGGGCGACCUCGCGGCGGAGCGCGCGCGCGCCGACGGCCUCGCGGCGCGGAACGGCGACCUACAGCUCGAGCUCGCGGCCUGCGAGCAGUCGCUGAAGCAGGCCGACGCCCGGGGCCUCGACGCCGCCGUGCGGCUCCAGGCCCUCGAGCGCGCCGAGGCCGACGCCGCGUCGCGGUGGCGCGCGGGCAACGCGGCCGCGCGCGCCGCGGCGUCCGCCGUCGCGGGCGGCGCCGCGGCCGCCGCGGGCGCCGCGGCGGCCGCGGGCUCCUGGGCCGCGGCGGCCGCCACGCCCGCGCGCGCGGCCGCGGCGGCGAACGGCGGCACGCGCUGGGAGGCCGAAGUCCGCGUCGUCGAAAUCGUCCGCGAGGUGGAGAAGCCCGACGUCGCCGACGCGGCGACGCAGCGGGACCUCGACCUCCCGGAGCUCGCGGCGCGCGGCACGGGCACCGACCUGUCGCGGGGCGACAUCGACGGCCUCGUCUCGGCGAGAGCGGACGCCGACGCGGCGCGCGCCGCGGCCGCCGCGGAGCUCGAGGCGACGGACCGCGCGCUCGCCAAGACGAAGCGGACGCUCGCGGCGCGCGAGCGCGAGCUCAAGGACUGCAAACAGGAGGCGAAGCGCGCGUGCCACCUCGCGGACCGGAGCCGCGACGAGCUCGCGCAGGUGCGCGUCGUGCACAAGCAGGGCGUCAAGGCCGCGCGCGAGGAGGAGCGCGCCGUCGCCGACAGGCUCGCGUCGUCCUACGCGCACAAGGUCGAGGGCCUCUGGUGGCUCGUCGGCGUGCAGCGCCGCGUCGCCGCGGACGCGGCCAAGUACGCCGAGGCGUCCCGGAAGGCCCACAAGGCCCUCGUCGACGACCUGCGGGACCUCGGCGGCGACGACGGCUUCGCCGACCGCGAGCCCGAGUUCCGGGAGGCGCCGCGGGACCGGCUCCGGCGCAUCUUCCGCACGCGCGCGCGCGAGGUCGCGAGCCGCUGCUCCGUGGCGAGGGUCGCCAACGACUACGGCCUCGUGCGCGACGCCGACGGCCUCCUCUUCCGCGCCGUCAAGGAGCGGGGCCACCUCCGCUGGGCGCGGGACGCGCUCGGCCGCGACGCGGCCUUCGCGGAGCGCUGCGUCGCGCGCGUCCGGCGCCGCGUCGCCGCCGCGGAGGACGCCGCGCGCCGCGCGGACGAGACGAAGAGGGCCGCGGGCGACGCCCUGGCGACGGCCGUCGCCCAGGCGUCCGCGAAGGGCGCCAGCGACCUCGACCGCGCGGUGUCGGGCUUCGCGGCGUCGCGCGCCGCGUGCGCCGCGCUCGUCGACGACGCGCGGCGCCGCGCGCUCGCGCGCGAGGCGGACCUGGACGACGAGACGCGCAAGGAGAUCGACGACGCGCGGGCUGCGGCGGCGGCGACGGUCCUCGGGCGCGACGCCGCGAACGCGGCCUGCGCGGCGGUCCGCGCGGCGCUCGUCCGCGCGACGGGCGGCAAGGCCGCGCGCGAGCUCGCGGCGGCGAAGCGCGACGCCGCCGAGGCCCGCGAGGCCGCGGCGCGCGCCGCCGAGGCGCUGGAGGAGCGCGAAGCCGCCGCGGAGGCCGCCGCGGCCGCCGCCGCGAAAGAAAUCGCCGCGGCGAAGACGAAGAUCGCCCAGCAGCGGAGCGUCGUCAACGACUGCGCGCGGCAGAUCGACCGCAUGAAGGCCAAGGCCGAGAAGCUCGCGGCGGACCUCGAGGCCGCGGGGCUCGGGAAGGCCGCCGCGGACGCGACGGCGAGCGCGGCGCUUCGUCUCGCGGACCGCGCGGAGCGAGCCGCGGCGGCGGCCGCCGCCGAGGCCGAGGCCGCCGCCGAGGCCGAGGCCGCCGAGGCCGAGGCGGAGGCCGCCGAGGCCGAAGCGGCGGCCGAGGCGCCCGCGCCCGCGCCGUCCGGGGCCGCGCCCGAGGACGAGGCGCCCGCGCCCGGGGCCGCGCCCGCGGCGCCCGCGCCGGCGCCGGAGCUGCUCUGCCCGGGCUUCGACGACGAGGGCCGGCCCGCGCCCCUCGGCGACGGCGGCUGGGUCGUGCGCGUCACGCACGCGGGCGCGGUCUACGCGCGCGCGCCGCCCGCGCCCGCGCCCGACGGCGGCGACGACGUCUCGCUCGCGCCGGACCUCGCCGACGACGACGCGUCCCUCGCGCCGGACCUCGCCGACGACGGCGCCUCCCUCGCCGGCGGCGCGGCGGCGGAGGCGCCCGCGCCCGCGGCGCCGUCGCGCGCCGCGUCGCCGACGCUCUCCGAGGCGCCGGACAGGGCAGCAAAAGAGAGCGAAAUUCCCAACUUCAAAGGCUCAUAUCUCGGCCGUUUUCCACUCGCGCCGGACAUCACGUCGGCGAUCUGGCACGCGCGCCAGGCCUUCUCGCCCGUGACGCCGGCGCCGCCCGGCGACCGCUUCGCCGAGGCGCUCCGCGACGUCGCGAACGCCGAGGCCGCGUGGGAGGCUGCGUGGGAGGACGACGGCGCGAAGAUGGAAAAGGCCUGGCUCGCGGCCGUCGCGGCCAAGAAGGAGCUCGCCGAGGACCGGCGCGCGAAGCGCCUCGCGGCGGUCGCGAUCCCGACGCAGACCGAGCGGCCGCGCGUGCGGAACGCGCGGUGCCAGACGCGGGACCCGACGAAGCGCCGGACGGUGAACACGCAGACGCCGGCCGUCGCCAAGGCCCACUGGGUCGGCGCGCCGUUGGGCGUCUGGACGCCGCAGCACGACGAGCCGAGCGACGACGAGAAGCCGCCGCCGCGCGGCGACCCCAAGACCGCGGCCGCGGGCCCGCGCGCGCUCGGCCGCGUGCCCGUCAAACGGCCCGGGCUCCGGUCCCGCGAGACGCCGACGCAGACGCCGCCGGACCCGGCCGCGCCGUCGCGCUUCGACCUCCUCGCCGAGGUCGCGCGGCUCCGGGCCGCGCUCGCCGCGGGCCCGCGGCGCCGCGACGCGGCGACGCAGGUGACGACGGCGGAGAGGCGGCCGCCGCCGCCGUCGCCGUCGACGAGCGCGGCGUCGUCCUGGGCCGCCGCGCGGGGGCCGGGGCCGCCGCCGACGUCCGUCGUCGCCGCGCGGCUCCAGCGGGCCGUGCGCGCGUCGGGCACGCCCCGCGCGCUCGCGCUCGACGUGCCCGAGGCCGUCCCCAAGCGGAGCAACCGGCCCCGGUCCGCGCCGGGCGGCGGGCGCCGCCAGCCGCCGGCGCGCGCGGGCGGGCCGCGACGAUCUCCGCGCCGUCGCGAACGACGCCCUGCAACCAUGGCCGCGCUCGCGGAGGGCGCGACGCUGGACCUGCGGACGCUGGCCAACUACGAGGGCGCGCAGGAUUUGGUGUCGCUGCUCCAGGCGAGCAUGCCCGAGUGCUUUUUGCCCGGUCCCAACCAGGUCGAGGCCACACCCGAGGCCUGUUGGCUGCAGAUCCUCACGAAGAUCGCGGGCGUGCACGCCAUGUCCAAGGAGCGGCGGCGCUUCAUCCUGCACUGGCCCGCGGCGGCGCCCUUCGACCUGUCGAUCCUGCUCGACGUCUCCGACCCGGCCAAGGCCUGCGGCGCGCCGUUGGGCGCGGCGAAGGCGGGCGACCCGCUGCUGGCCGCGCGCUACGUCGCGCACCGCAAGGCCGAGGGCCAGGAGGCGGGCCAGGCCAAGGUCCUCGACUUCUACAAGCGCCAGCGCGACGGCUUCCUCAACGAGGAGGCCGCGGUCGUGCCGCUCGAGGACAGCGUCGUCGGCCUCCAGGCGCCGUCGCUCGCGGCGCUCGAGCGCGCGCUCGCCUACUUCGUCGCGCAGGAGGCGCUGCUGUCCAAGGACUACAAGGCCCUCUUCGACGAGGGCCCCAAGGCCACGUUCCUCGGGCCGUUGGCCGUCGACGCGAGCGGCCUCGCGAUCGGCGCGUACGUCGAGCUCCACGGCAUGAAGGCGGCGGCCUACGACGGCCUCGCGGGCCUCAUCCUCGGCAAGGCGGAGAACCACCCGGACCGCUGGGCCGUCAUGCCCCAGACGCCGGACAUGGUCGCGAAGGCCGUCAAGCUCCGCGGCGGCGACGCCAAGGUGCCCCUCCGGCCCGUCGCCAUCAAGCCCGAGUGCCUCCGCGCCAUCCCCCGGCCCAAGGCCGCGGAGGCGGAGGAGUCGCGGCCGUCGCGGCCCUACAUGCGAACCACGCUCGUCAACAUGGUGCUCAUGCGCAGCCUCGCGUCGGCCCUGGCGCCGCAGCGCCGCGCCGCGCGCGCCGUGUCGACGCUCGGCGGGUCGUCGUCCUAUUCGAGCGGCGACGGCCGGCGCGCGGCGCCGCGCGGCGCCGUCUGGCUCGGCGCGGCGGCGCUCGGCGGCGCGGCCUACGAGGCGCAGGAGUCGGCCUGCGCCGGCGGCCGCGUGCGCGUCGUCACCUACAACGUGCUGUCGAGCUCGCUCUGCGAGCCGGGCUACUUCGUAAAGUGCGCGGCCGAGGACCUGUCGCCGCCGAAUCGCCUCAAGCGCGUCGCCGCGCUCCUCGACGCCGAGGUCGCCAAGGGCGCCGUCGUCUGCCUCCAGGAGGUGUCGCGCGACUGGAGCGGCGAGCUCCACGCGUACUUUGCGGACAAGGGCUACCAGUUCUCGACGGGCCUCUACGGGACCAAGUUCAACGGCUACAUGGGCGUCGCCGUCGCCUGGCCGAGCGGCAAGUACGACGUCCUCGGCGUCGACGCCUGCCGCAUCGCCGACACCAUCGCCGAGCCGCCGCGCGAGCGCCGGGCGAAGGAGGCGAAGCCGAAUUUCGUCGUCCGCGCGUGGCGGUCGCUCAAGCGGCGCGCGGGCCACGUCGCGACGGCGGCCACGGAGCCGCUGCCGCGGGGGCGGCCGCCCUUCGACACGUGGAACGAGGCGAAGCGCAAGCACAACGUCCUCGUGACCGCGACGCUCAAAGAGAAGGGCGGCGACGCGUUCUGCGUCGCCACGUACCACAUGCCCUGCCUGUUCGGGUCAGGGCAGGACAAGGGUGAUUCAACGUUCGGGUCCGUGGAGAAGGAGCAGGUCAUGGUCAUCCACAGCGUCCUCGCCGCCGAGCGCGCGAAGCGCGUCGCCGCGGGGCGGCCCUACGUGCUCUGCGGCGACUUCAACGUGAAGCCCUACGACGCGUCCUACGCGCUCCUCACGUCCGGCGCGCUCGGCGAGGCCUUCGCGGCCUACGCGCCGCCGCCCCAGGCCGACGUCGCGCCGGCCAGGGCCUUCGCGCCGGUCCUCGAGCCGCCGCUCACGUCGGCCUACGCGGCGGCGACGGGCGCCGAGCCCGACUUCACGAACUUCGCGUACACCAAGCCCAUGGGCGGCGAGCGCGACGCGUUCGUCGAGACGCUCGACUACAUCUUCUGCUCCGCGGGCCAGUGGAAGGUCGCCGGCGUCAAGGAGCUCCGGAGCAAGCACGGCCUCGACACGUCCAAGCCCUACCCGACCGCGGACGAGCCGAGCGACCACGUCAUGCUCGCCGCGGACCUCGAGCUCGCCUCGUUCUGCUUCCAGAGCAUCUCGGCGCUCACCUGGAGCUUCAUGAGGCCCUGGGCGACGAAGGGCUCGACCUUGUACGCGCAUCGCGUCAUGCGAUUCGACGCGGCGACGCGGAGCGCGUCCAAUCCGCCGCGGCCGAAGCCGGAGAAGCGGGACCGGAGCGCCGCCGCGAGCGAGCCCUCGAGGAACUCGGCGUCGACGGCGUGGACGAUGAGCUUCAUGUCGUCCGCGCGCACCGUGCCGCCGAGAUCCGCGCGGAUCCGCGGCGCGACGCGCGCGGCGACCCUCGCGAGGCUCAAGUCGCGUUCCACGGCCGAGAGUAUGCCGCCGCGCGCGCGGUCCGCGAGGCUCCGCGACGGCGGGUCCUCCGGCGUCUCGGUCGCGGGCCGCUUCAUCUCUUGGAUCGAGUCGUCGGUCGCGGGCCGCUUCUUUCCCCUCUCCUUCUUCGCCGCAUCUGUCUGCCACUGA